UCCAAGAUGGCGGCGCCCGUAGCGAAGUCGUGACGCUUGGAGACGGGUCGUUCAAAGCGGUAUUAAAGCUAAAUAUCUUUAUUUUUUAAAUAAUGGGCCAUCGUUUAACACUAUACGGCAUUGUGAAACGGAAUAUAAGUAACCGGAAGUAGAAUAUAAGAAACAUGCAGGCCUCGGUACACAGGCUGGUUCUGUAUCCUCUGGCCGCAGUUCGGGCUGGACCAAUCAGGACGUCUCUCCUGAGUCCAGUUCUUCGUCUGUGUUCGCCCAGCAGCCGCAGCCUCUUCAGUGACACAGGUGUGUGGGAGAAGGACUACCGGGUCGAGACGCGGCGCCAGGUGGAGGAAUGGUGGCAUCCACGCAUCAAGACACAGUGGCAGAAACAUGCAGAAGAAAACGCUACCAAAAAGAAGUUUUAUGUCCUGUCCAUGUUUCCAUACCCAUCCGGACGUCUGCACAUGGGCCACGUGAGAGUGUACACCAUCAGUGACACCAUCGGUCAUUUCCAGAGAAUGAGAGGCCAUCAGGUGUUAAAUCCAAUGGGUUGGGACGCUUUUGGGCUUCCAGCUGAGAAUGCGGCCAUCGAGAGAGGUCUCGAUCCAGAAGAGUGGACUAAGAGUAACAUCCGGUCCAUGCGGGAGCAGCUGGACAGCCUUGGCCUCUGCUUUAACUGGGACCGAGAAGUGACUACGUGUCUUCCAGACUACUACAGGUGGACGCAGUAUCUUUUCAUCAAGCUCUUUGAAGCUGGACUGGCGUAUCAGAAAGAGGCUGUGGUAAACUGGGACCCUGUUGAUCAGACGGUACUCGCUGAUGAGCAGGUGGAUGAAAACGGUCGCUCCUGGAGGUCUGGAGCAGUGGUGGAGCAGAAGAUGCUCAGACAAUGGUUCAUCAAGACCACAAACUACGCAAAGCCUCUCCUUGAUGCCCUGGCAGACCUUCCAGAGUGGUACGGUGUCAAAGCCAUGCAGGCAAACUGGAUUGGACAGUGCACUGGAUGUUACUUUGAUUUUAAACUCAUGGUGAAUGGGGAGGAGACGGGGGAGACCCUUUCAGCCUACUGCUCCUCCCCAGAGACCGUGUUCGGAGCGGCCUAUCUGGCCAUCUUACCUUCACACAGACUGCUGCGUGGUAGCAGCUCAGUGCGCCUAGUCCUGGAAAAAGCCUUUCAAGCAGGCAGAGACUCCCUGACAGAGGUCACAGCACGUAACCUGUUUACUGGACACGAGGUUCCUCUGGUCAUCUCACACAAAGAGGCGUUCGAUGACUACCUGGACACAGUGAUUGGUAUUCCAGACAGCAGUGAGGAGGACCUCUCUGUGGCUAAAGCUCUGAAUCUUAACUGGACCACGGUGCUGGGAAGUGACCGGGAUGGGACACAAACCCUGAUUAACUCUAAUGAGUUCUCAGGUCUCAGCAGAGAGAAAGCAUUUCACCUAAUUACCCAGAAGGCCCAGGAGCAGAAGGUUGGCGGACACCUCACCAGCUCCAAGCUCAGGGACUGGUUGAUAUCCAGACAGCGGUACUGGGGCACACCCAUCCCCAUAGUGCAUUGUGGGUCUUGCGGUCCUGUGUCCGUCCCAGAGGAAGAUUUACCAGUGACUCUACCGAAGGUGCCGUCUCUGACGGGAAGGGGAGCGUCACCACUGGAGGCCGCUCAUGACUGGGUCAGCUGUAGAUGUCCGAGAUGUAAAGGCCCGGCGAGGAGGGAGACCGACACCAUGGACACCUUUGUGGACUCAGCCUGGUAUUACCUCAGAUACACAGACCCUCAGAACCCUCAUAGACCUUUUGACCGUCAUCUAGCAGAUGACUGGAUGCCUGUGGAUGUGUACAUCGGCGGAAAGGAGCACGCCGUCAUGCACUUGUACUACGCCCGUUUCUUCUGUCACUUCUGCCAGGACCAGGAUUUGGUGACUCACAGGGAACCUUUUCGAAAGCUGCUGGUCCAGGGUCUGAUCAAGGGCCAGACUUUCAGACUGGCUGAAGGUGGCCAGUACCUAAAGAGAGAGGAGGUAGACCUUACAGGGAGAGAGCCUGUAGCACUGAGCGGCGGUCGUGUUGACGUGACGUGGGAGAAGAUGAGCAAGUCCAAACACAACGGUCUGGACCCCCGAGAGGUGGUGGAGCAGUACGGCAUCGACACAGCUCGUCUCUUCAUACUUUACGCAGCGCCUCCUGAUCAGGACAUUCUCUGGGAUGUCAAGACGGAUGCUAUUCCUGGCGUUCUGCGAUGGCAGUCUCGAGUGUGGCAGCUGGUGACCAAGCUCAGGGGAGCUCGGCAGAUCGGUGAAGCCCCCAACCCAUCCCUGCUGAAGAAGAAGGAGCUGGCAGAGAGCAGGAAGAUCUGGCAGAACAAGAACUAUGCUAUUCAAGAGGUGACGUCACACCUCACAGAGGAUUUCCAUUUUAACACGGCCAUUUCUCGACUGAUGGGACUGACCAACUCCCUCAGUAGUGCAUCAGUCAGGGUCGCACAGCACAGUGUGGAGUUUGAGGAGGCGCUGGCCUCACUAGUGUUGAUGAUCGCACCCAUGGCUCCUCACCUGGCUUCAGAACUUUGGGCAGGUCUUUGCAGAGUAGAAAACCUCCUCAGCCCAGUGCUCCAGUGUGGAGGAGACGUGCUGCAACAGUCCUGGCCCACUGUGGACCCCGAGUACUUGGAGGUUCCUGACUUUCUGGAGCUGUCUGUACUGAUCAACAAUAAAGUCUGUGGGAAGGUGACGGUGUCGCUGCAGGAGUCCACAGACCCAGAGAAGGUGGAGAAGCUGGUCCUGGAGAGCCCACUUGGACAGGAACUUCUCAGAGAACGCAGCAUCAAGAGAGUGAUCCUCUCGUCCAGGACCGCCCUCAUUAACUUCCUCGUUGAUCAGUGACGCUUGGGCCUUAACUAGUGAUUCUAGUAGAUAGUUGGAGUUUUUACUGGUUCAGAGAUGAACUGUAAAAUCUUAGCUGUAAAUAUGUCAUUAAAACAUUUAUUUAUAUUUUCAGGUUUUUAUUAAAAAACAAAGAGAAUUGGGGGAAAGUUGGUUUCUUCAUUUUUAUUUAACUUUUACGUAUAAUGUCACUACCAAUAGAUUUUUUUUUUUGCCUCUCUCUUUUUUUAAUCUCCGUCAGUUGGAGCACCUCUUCAGAUUCCCGCCACCCUUCACAUUCCUCUUCAUUUUCACCACUCCAGCCGCGACUUCACACCUCCGCCUUAUGUGCCGGUCGGCUCUGUAUUCCAGCUGAGUCACACACUUGUGAUCUGCCUUAUCAGUACCACAUUUUAGCCUUAGCGCUCCAUACAAGGAGCGUUGAUUAGUUCCUGAGACCAUGUGACCGUGUAAAGAUCAGUGGGAGAUUUUCCUCAAAUCAAACCACCACCUGGUGGACGACUGUUGCUGCGCUGUGUGCUUGUGUGUCAGUGAGAUCAGUCAGCCGACGUGACGCUGUCUGAGCCCUCAGCGGUGAAAUGCAUCCACGUGUGCCCACCACCCUCUCCCCCCUCAGGCUUAUCUCUGUGGUUAUGUGGUGUGUGAUACUUACAGGCACUUGUCUUUCAUGACCUGUAGUGUCUUUGUCUUCACUCUAUUCAAGUUUCAGAAGCAUCGUAAAAAGUCGUCUCCUACUUUGUCUGGUAUCUGUGUGUGAAUGAACCAGCAGAAAUAUGAGCCUUUUGAUCUCCCUGGGAGAUGUGACGGUGUUGUCCAGCUUAUGUUGGAGGAAGUUCUAAUAUUCUAUGGUCUUGUAUAGAGACUGAUACAAUCUGAACUUUUUUCGUUUUUUGUUUAAAAGCUUAUUUUCCAGGUUGAGUCUCCUACGCAUGAAUGAAAAUAAGCUGUUGUAGACGUGAAAGAAAAGGUUGUUUAUGUUCACAAAGAAAUACAGGAGGUGAAGAUGUGCAGUAAUUAGAAAGUCUACAGGUGAAGUGGAGCUACAGAAGAUAGAAUGAACUCGGUGAAACUGCAGAAUUACAAAACGACAUUGAAGAGUCACAAACAUUCCUGCAUAGCAAUGGACUGAGUUUGAAGAUGAAGAAAAAAAACCCAAAAAACUUCUACUGAAUAAACACUUUUCAAGCUUGACUAAUUCAGGCCAAAGUAAAAAGAAAAAAAACACUUUCAACUUAUUCCACAGCAGUAGGUUAAUCAGGGUUUGCAACAGAUUUUUAUGGCGGAGGUCUUUGUGGAAGUCCUUGUUUCUACCAGGGCUGGGAAUUGGGUCGGGCAAAUGAUGCAGACUGGAAUAAAUAUUUUUCUUCUGUCUUUGCUCUGAUGUGGGACUAAGAUUGAGUUUCUUUAAAAAUUAGAUUUAAAUAAAAAAUUGAAUUGCAAAAAAUU